AAAUUGAAACGACGCCGUUCCGGUAUACCGUUUAACCGGAGGGAAUGCUGGAGGGCCACCAUCUUCUUCUUCUUCUUCUUCUUCGGUUCUUCCCCUUCAGUUUCUCGCCGGAAUCACGACGUGUUUUCGGGCUUCAGACGAGAAGACGUCCGCAAGAGUUCCCUGAAUCAUCUCAAUUCCGCUGUAUAAACCAGUCGAUUUCAAGAAAAGCGGUGCGUCCACUGGGCUUACAUUGGGCUGUACUGUCUAAAGGAAUCCUCAAUGGCCAUUGGGCAUUUUCAGAAUUUGUAUGGGACAACGAAGGAUCUGUGUGUGAAAUUCUAUGCGCACAAAAGACUCGAUCUUUCAUUUUGCUGUCAAUCAGACAACUCAUUCUCUGGAGAUCUCAGUGAACUUGCCUGAGAUAGAGUGCUUGUUCAAAAUUCAACUUGGGUUGCUUGGGAACAAGUGAAUAUUCAUAAUUUCAUUGUGAAUGCUAAGAUAAAGGGUCUCUCUUCCUUUCUCUUCUUUCCUUUUACUACCACUUCAACAUGAUUCAUGUUUUUCAAGUAGCAAGGUUAUAUACAGACAUUGGAUUUGUGACAAUUUCAUGUAUAUUGGGUGAAAUAAAUUAAAUAUGCCAGU